AUGAUCCCAGUGGCCGAGUUCAAGCAGUUCACGGAGCAGCAGCCCGCGUUCAAGGUGCUCAAACCCUGGUGGGAUGUACUGGCCGAGUACCUCACCGUGGCCAUGCUCAUGAUCGGGGUCUUCGGCUGCACUCUCCAGGUGACACAAGACAAGAUCAUCUGUCUGCCCAGUCAUGAAGCCCAGGAGAACUCAUCAGACGGCUCGUGCCAGCAGCUGCUGCCGCGGGGAGUGUCCGAGCAGAUGGGGGCCCUGCGGGAGGUGAGUGGCCUCAAAAACAACCUGGACCUGCAGCAGUACAGCUUUAUCAACCAGCUGUGCUACGAGACGGCCCUGCACUGGUACGCCAAGUACUUCCCCUACCUGGUCGUCAUCCACACGCUCAUCUUCAUGGUCUGUACCAGCUUCUGGUUCAAGUUCCCUGGCACCAGCUCCAAGAUCGAGCACUUCAUCUCCAUCCUGGGCAAAUGCUUUGACUCACCGUGGACCACACGGGCCCUGUCUGAGGUCUCCGGGGAGAACCACAAAGGCCCUGCGCCUGGACGGGUGGUGGCAGUGGCCGCGGCCACCGGGGCAGGGAAGGCAGGUGAGGGCGAGAAGGAGAAGGUGCUGGCAGAGCCUGAGAAGGUGGUGACAGAGCCUCCGGCUGUCACCCUCCUGGACAAGAAAGAAGGUGAGCAGGCCAAGGCCCUCUUUGAGAAGGUCAAGAAGUUCCGUGUACAUGUGGAAGAGGGCGACAUCCUGUACACCAUGUACAUCCGGCAGACAGUACUCAAAGUGUGCAAGUUCUUUGCCAUACUGGUCUACAACCUCAUCUACGUGGAGAAGAUCAGUUUCCUGGUGGCCUGCAGGGUGGAGACCUCGGAGGUCACGGGCUAUGCUAGCUUCUGCUGCAACCACACCAAGGCACACCUCUUCUCCAAGCUGGCCUUCUGCUACAUCUCCUUCAUGUGCGUCUAUGGCCUUACCUGCCUCUACACCCUCUACUGGCUCUUCCACCGGCCCCUCAAGGAGUACUCCUUCCGUUCCGUUCGGGAGGAGACAGGCAUGGUUGACAUUCCUGACGUCAAGAAUGACUUUGCCUUCAUGCUACACCUCAUUGACCAGUACGACUCGCUCUAUUCCAAGCGCUUCGCCGUCUUCCUGUCCGAGGUCAGCGAGAGCCGCCUCAAGCAGCUCAACCUCAACCACGAGUGGACGCCCGAGAAGCUGCGGCAGAAGCUGCAGCGUAAUGCCGGCGGCCGGCUCGAGCUGGGUCUGUGCAUGUUGCCGGGGCUGCCGGACACGGUCUUCGAGCUCAGCGAGCUGGAGGCACUCCGGCUGGAGGCCAUCUGUGACGUCACCUUCCCGCCAGGCCUCUCGCAGCUGGUGCACCUGCAGGAGCUCAGCCUGCUGCACUCGCCCGCCAGGCUGCCCUUCUCCUCCCAGGUCUUCCUGCGGGACCGGCUCAAGGUGAUCCGCGUCAAGUGUGAGGAGCUGCGUGAGGUGCCUCUCUGGGUGUUCGGGCUGCGCAGCCUGGAGGAGCUGCACCUCGAGGGGCUCUUCCCCGCUGAGCUGGCUCGCGCAGCCGUCCUGGAGAGCCUGCGAGAGCUGAAGCAGCUCAAGGUGCUGUCCCUGCGGAGCAACGCCGGGAAGGUGCCGGCCAGCGUGACUGACGUGGCCGGGCACCUGCAGCGGCUCAGCCUGCACAAUGACGGUGCCCGCCUGCUGGCCCUCAACAGCCUUAAGAAGCUGGUGGCGCUGCGCGAGCUGGAGCUGGUAGCCUGCGGGCUCGAGCGCAUCCCACACGCAGUCUUCAGCCUCGGGGCGCUGCAGGAGCUGGAUCUCAGAGACAACCACCUGCGCUCCAUCGAGGAGAUCCUUAGCUUCCAGCACUGCCGUAAGCUGCUGACGCUCAGGCUGUGGCACAACCAGAUCGCCUAUGUCCCCGAGCACGUGCGCAAGCUUCGGGGGCUCGAGCAGCUCUACCUCAGCCACAACAAGCUGGAGACCCUGCCCACCCAGCUGGGCCUGUGCACCAGCCUCCGCCUGCUGGACGUCUCCCACAACGGGCUGCGGACGCUGCCGCCUGAGCUGGGCCUCCUCCAGAGCCUGCAACACCUGGCCCUCUCCUACAACGCCCUGGAGGCCCUGCCCGAUGAGCUCUUUUUCUGCCGCAAGCUGCGGACCUUGCUCCUGGGUUACAACCACCUGAGGUUGCUCUCGACCCACGUGGGGGCGCUCAGGGCGCUCAGCCGCCUGGAGCUCAAGGGCAACAGGCUGGAGGUGCUGCCCGAGGAACUGGGCAACUGUGGGGGGCUCAAGAAGGCGGGGCUCCUGGUGGAGGACACCCUCUAUGAGGGGCUGCCGGCUGAAGUGCGAGAAAAGAUGGAGGCAGAAUGA